CGGCUAGGAGAGCAGCAGCCGCCGCCGCCGCCGCCUCCACGGCAGCAUGAUGUUCGCCCAGCAACAGCAGCGGGAGCCGCCGCCACCCCCUCGAGGCUGAAUCGCCUGCCGCCUCGUAAGGCGGCUGCCGGGUCACUCUUUUGCUUUCUCCUGACCUCCCGGCGAGGUGGGCCGUGGCAGCCGGGCUGGUCGUCGGCCCCCUUCAGGACUGCGGUGCAUGUUCUCUCCCUGCGAGUGCGUGAGGCGAGGCGGCAGGAGGACGGUGAAAAUGAUCCGGUUCCGGAGCUCGAGCAUCAGGUCUUUGAGCCAGGAGAUGAAAUGCACCAUUCGGUUGCUGGACGACUCCGAGAUCUCCUGCCACAUCCAGAGAGAGACCAAAGGUCAGUUUCUCAUCGAUCAUGUUUGCAAUCACUACAGUUUGCUGGAAAAAGACUACUUUGGAAUUCGCUAUGUGGAUCCUGAAAAGCAACGUCACUGGCUUGAGCCCAACAAGUCUAUCUCCAAGCAAAUGAAAUCUCAUCCACCAUAUACCAUGUGCUUUAGAGUGAAAUUCUACCCACAUGAACCCUUGAAGAUUAAAGAAGAGCUUACCAGGUACCUCAUGUAUCUACAGAUCAAAAGAGAUAUUUUCCAUGGCCGUUUGCUGUGCUCUUUUUCUGAUGCUGCAUAUCUGGGUGCAUGUAUUGUCCAAGCUGAGCUUGGUGAUUAUGAUCCUGAUGAACAACUAGACAAUUAUGUUGGUGACUUCAAGAUUUUCCCCAAGCAAUCCCAAAGACUGGAAAGAAAAAUAGCUGAAAUACAUAAAAAUGAAUUCAGGGGUCAGAGCCCAGCUGCUGCUGAGUUUAAUUUAUUACUGAAAGCACAUUCUUUAGAAACCUAUGGUGUUGAUCCGCAUCCUUGCAAGGAUUCAACAGGGACCACAACAUUUUUAGGAUUCACAGCCACAGGUUUUGUAGUUUUCCAGGGAAAUAAAAGGAUACAUUUGCUAAAAUGGUCUGAUGUCUGUAAAUUAAAAUUUGAAGGAAAGACCUUCUAUGUGAUUGGAACUCAGAAGGAGAAAAAGGCUAUGUUGUCAUUCCAUACCUCUACACCAGCAGCCUGCAAGCAUCUUUGGAAGUGUGGAGUGGAAAACCAGGCUUUUUAUAAGUAUGCAAAAUCCAGCCAAAUCAAGACCAUGUCCAGCAGCAAAAUAUUUUUUAAAGGCAGCAGGUUUCGAUACAAUGGAAAAGUUGCCAAAGAGGUUGUUGAAGCAAGUUCAAAAAUCCAAAGGGAGCCCCCUGAAGUGCACAGAACCAGCAUUACACAGAGUCGCAGUUCUCACUCCUUGAACAAACAGCUCAUCAUCAAUAUGGAGCCCCUGCAGCCUCUCCUUCCUACCCCAGAUGAUCAGGAAGAGGUUCCCUCUGAGGAAGGCAUCCAGCUGCCGAAGGAAGAUGAUAUUUCAAUACCUGUGCUGUCCAACUCUCCUGCAAAGGAGGCAGACGAUAGUUCAGAUCUUUCUAUUGAAGAAGAAGAGAAAAUUAAGGAGGAACCUUUAACUAUCUCUGAGUUGGUGUACAACCCAAGCACCAGCUUGCUUCCCACGCCAGUUAACGAUGAAGAGAUUGACCUACUCUUUCAAACCUCUCCUAGGGCAGAUAAUGAGAAACAAGAUACAGAUUCAUUUGAGGAACUGGAGGCAGAUGAAAAUGCAUUUUUGGUUGCAGAGGAAGAGGAGCUUAAAGAAGCUCGGAAAGCGCUUAGAUGGAGCUAUGACUUUUUGAUGGGUAACAUGAAGGUAAAUGCUGUUGUGAAGAGCUUUUCCAGACUUCUUCUUGUUGGGCUUGGAAUACUGCUAGUAGUUUUCCCUCUUCUACUUGUGCUUUUGGAAUCAGACCUUGAUGUCUCCUUUCUCCAUGAAAUCCGACAGACACCAGAGUUUCAGCAGUUUCACAUUGAGUAUUACUGUCCUCUUAGACAGUGGGUAGCCUGCAAAAUAAAUUUUGUUAGUCACUUGUUUGGCAGCUCUUAAAUGUUAAGAAUAUAUGACAUGACUAAGGGCUAUAUUCAAAACUAGUGAAUUUCAGGCAGUACUAGGUGCUCGCUUGCAAACAUCCUCAAGGCCAUCUGCAAGUAAUUGUUCAUUUUUGGACUUCAAAAUUCUUAAGUUUCCUUUCAGAUAGUUGGCUUAGCUACAUGGUGGCCUUCAAAUAACCAAAAAGCUAUUUGAUUUUUAUUGUCUGUUUUUAUCAAUGACUUCGCUGAACUGAAAUUUAUUGUCUGUAUCAUUACAAGCCAUGAUAAUCUACAUUUAAGUAUCAGCAACAGAGAGAAGGUGAUGCUUUUGAAUAUACUCCUUAGUGAAACAAUCUACUAACCGAUGCCUAUACAAGCAAUGUUGAUUGCUGGGAUUUUGUUUCUUGGUUUGAUUUUUCAUUUAAAAAUAUUUUUAUGUGUUUACAAGAUUUUGGUAAAUUUAUAGCAAAGACAACUUCUGAAGAUAUUUAAGUGUACAGAUUGGUAAAUAAAAUGCACAAAGGCAUGUCAUGAAUUUUUAAAAUGUUUUAGCAAUUUUUUUAAAAAUUGAAGAAUGAAAAUUCUUACAGAUCUGCACAAGAUGAUGAGUGGCUGCAGAAAAAAAGUAGAGAGUUCACUUAAGUGUGUACAGAGUCUGAUGGAUGGAGAGGAAAAUAUACCAAGGGUUCAAGGGUUCUGGGAGCUCAACUGAACAAUAUGAUGUUUGCCUUGUGCUAGUGUAGGGGCCAGGGGGAAAUUGGCAAACAGGAGUGAAUACUUAGCACUUCCUGUGCCCACUGAUUCUUCCUUCCAAGUAUCCCCCGUGGACCUUUCCCCAUAGGUCAGACUCCAAGACUGAAGAAAACCUGAUGGCUGUGGGGGAAAUGACGUGGAAAGAUUUCUGAAGGGAAGAAUCGGUUUGAUUCAAUAACCGCUCCCACCUACCAGUUCUUUUCUGCAAAUGCCAUCCAACUACCCUCACACUCACAAAAACAGGCAACCAAUAUGGGGUAAUGCGUAGGCUAGCCCUCACAGUUUUUAUGUGGAAGAAGGAUAAGUGAUUCUGACAAGGUGGCAAUUUCACUUUUCUUGUGGUUUACCUUCUUAAACUUCAAUAAGUGAUAAUGGAUGGUCUUUGCAAGACAGUGCAAGUACAGUUUGUAAGAGAUUUAGAGAAUUUUGGAUUAACUGUAGAAUAUUGUAUAUAACAUAGAAAAAAAGUAAAUAACAAAACAAAACCUAGCUAGAUCUACUUAAAUAUGUAGUUAAAAGUUAAAAGAAGUUAAAAACACACCGGUCUCUAAAAAUAGAGACAAACUCUGUGAAAAGUAUCCUGCCCAGUUUCCCAAGCAUUUGAAGAUCUUAGUCCUUGAUUCUAUGCAUUACUGUUUCAUAAAAAAAUCCCAGAGUCGUCAUUUCAUUUUUUAUUUCCUGUGCAUCUAAUCUGUUUAUCACAACUGGCAGUCGAUUCACAUGACUUAUUCAUGUCCCUAUGCUGAUAGUGUAUGGUUAUUUUUGUCAUCUUGAUGUGCCUGUGUAGCUCCACAUACUUCUAAGAGGUUACAAAUGCAUAAAACCUAAUUUGUUUAGAGAUGAUCAAUAGCCCCAAUUCCCAACUUUGCCUUUUUAUGGUAUGAUUUUGCUGGAUACAGGACCUGCCCCCUCUAUGUAUUAAUCUGAGUCCUUUCUCAGGUAAUCACCUCACUGGGGCCAAUUGAUAUUUUGCCCAUGUGAAAAACAUGUUAAUUCCAUUUCUGCUGUUUGAAUGGGGGCUCUUUAUUAUUUAAUUUUUCUGACACUGAUUGGUGUAUACUUUUGAAUUUGAGUAGAAUUUGCCCUCACAAUAACCUGUUGAGGCCAUUCAGACUUCAUGGUGCUUCAUCCAUGAUGAGGAUAAAAACAGAAGUAUGGCACAAUCUAGCUCACAAGCAUGAUUACAGUUUCUUGAUUUUCAUAUAAUUGAAGUGUGCUUAAGUGCACCUCAGAUUGUGACUGUAAUUUGCAAAAUGUAAGUUCAGUAAUUCUCUAGGGGAACAUGGACCCCCUGAUUCAGAGUUCAGCAGAGGUCCUGUACAUGCAACAAGUUACUGUAUCAGGAUGCAAGUCUCUAGUUUGUUUCUUCUGUAAUGGGCUAGUUUGGGCAGUAUACCUAUUACAGUUUCUCUUUCUUUGUCCUUUAUCUCCUAGUUUCCAUCGGUAACUUUAUGAGCUUUUCUCCUGUGUCCCAAAGGUAGUUGAAAACUAUCAUGGUUUUACUAUCAAAUUCUGCCUUUCCUAACAUCCAUCCUUUUGACAGUAAAUGCUGAUCAGUAGUUUGGUGCUUAUUUAAUCUGUUUGUAACUUCUAGUUAAAUCCCUUGAAACAAGAAUCCAUUAAGAAGACAUUUCUCUUUGGUUUCCAGAUCAAAGAUAACGAUCACCUGCAUUUUAGGCAGUUGUUGUUAUUUUAGAAAUAGAUAACAUUGAAUGUGCAAAUUGUGUGCUAAAAAUAAAGCCAAGCUCUAUUUCUGGGUCCUAUAUAUAAUUUACCCCUUAAUUAUAAACAUUUAGGUCCUGAGUUUUAGAACUUAGUCUUGUCUAUGUCAUAAAGCUCCAGAAUCAUUAGGAGCAUUUGUCUGUAUGACUUAAAUUGAUGAGGAAAGGGAUGAGUUGCAUGAGGAACAUGUUACCUCAAAGAAUGGACUGUGCAAUAAGGAUGCAUGUAGAGUUCAAUGCAAGUGCAUGUACAUAGAAUGUAUAGAUGUAUAUACACACCAUUGUCCCUUUAGAACUGUCCUAAGGUGAAAUCCAUUGAAUAAUGAGUACAAAUUACAUCUUUUCUAGAGAAUGGAUAGAAAUUAGAAGCAGCUGAGGGGGGAGGGUGUAUAUAAUCUAUAGCAUGUACUGCAUAGACCCAAAUUGUUUUGUCUCUAGUGCUGGAAAUGACAGAGCUGGCAUAUGAAAAGUUCAUAGGUACAGUAUUGUGUAUUUCUGUCUGUGCUUGGAAUAUAUUGUAAAGCAUUAUGUACUUGAAAUCUAUUUUGUGAUUUGUCUAAUAUUUAUAAACACAACUCUGGGAAGAAUUAAAUAGGGUUUAUUCCACUUAAAUACGAACAACACAAAAAAUACAAAAACUUUGGGGGAAAUGUACCUGUAAACUUGAGCCUUAUAUUUGUAAAGUGAUUUCAUAUUUCUAUGUCAACAUCUUGAUUGUUUUAUAUGUUAAUAUGACAGGACUCCCUAAUAAAAAUACAUUGAAAAAAGCCACUCUGCAAUGAUAUGCUUCU